AUGCCUCCUCCACGGCUCUCUCCAGCGUUACUUCGAGCGCGACCGCAAGCGAAUUACCAAUGUCUCCGCCGCAUAGCACCCUUCCGCCGCGCAUCAACCACACCACCACACAACGACAUAAAACCCGUCGUACCCUGGAAAACACCAACAAGUGUCUGGUCACCCGAGAACCUCAUUCCCCCACCUAAAGAUGGCGAGGUACUAUUGGAGCGCCGACCAAACCGUGCAUUACCACCAGUACCACCCCUGAUAUCCCCCCAAGUACUAAAAACCCUCCCCAUCUUCAUCAUCGCCAUGACAAUCUCCCUCUUCGCCUUCUUCAACUACCAAAAGCAAGAAUCCUCCGUCGUAACCGCAACCCUCUACGCCCUGCGCACCAACCCCCUCGUCCGCGAACAGCUCGGCGACGAAAUCUAUUUCGCGAGCAAAUACCCUUGGAUCAGGGGUGAGAUCAACCAGCUGCACGGGCGCAUUGAUGUUAGCUUUUGGGUCAAGGGGACGAAGAGGGCGGGGGAGGUCAAGCUCAAGUGUAGGAGGAGGGGGAGAGGUGGGCUGUAUUAUACACAGGAGUAUAGUUUGACGAUGGAGGAUGGGACGAGGAUGGAACUCUAUGAUCCACAGGGGAAUGCCAUUGAUCCGUUCCAGGCAAUUGCUAUCGAGGAGUAG